AUGAAAAAUAAAAGAUAAGCUCAACAUAUUUCUGAUGAAUCUGGGCUUACUUACUUUGAAGCAUUCUAAAAAGCCAUUUCUAAAUAUGAAGUUGAUAACCCAAAAUAAUAUCACAAGCAAGAUAAUGAUCGAUUUACAAUAUAUGAAGAUUUGAAGUUACUCUUAGAAUUAUCUAAAAUCAAUUAAAUUGAACCAUAACAUUUUGAAAAAAUAUCAGCUCUGCUUAAAAGAUCUAAAACAAUCCUAAUGAGGAGGUAAUAUUACAAGUUAACUUAGAUAUCGAGAGUAUUUGAAGAAUAUAAAUUAAGAUGACUUAUAAACAAUAUUUUCAUUUCUAUAACAAUAUGAUGCUUAUGGAUAUCUUGUUUUUACUUUAGAGAAUGGAUCCUAUAAAUUAUAAGAUAUAGAACCAAUUAAAUAAUAGGAAUCCCCUAAAAAGACUCCAAUUUAAACACCUAUAAAAUAAAUAAUUAAAUAAACUUAAUAGACAUCUGAAAUAGAUGUAUAAUAACUUCCAUAACAUUAAUAAUAAUAAAGGAUAGAGCCAUAAUCUUUAAAGAAAAUAAAACCCAAUAAUAAAUUUUAAUUGUCUGCAAAGUAAACUUCAUUUUCAGUAUUUUAGUUCAAAAUACGAUGUUUCUCAUAAAAAAACUAAUCCUUUUAAAUAAGAAUAAGUAAUAUUAGAUGAAGAGUAGAAACAUGAAUACGAUGAACUUAAAUUUACAUUGAAAAUAUUAUCAGAAACCUUAAAAAUACCAUAUUAAGAAUUAUGUCAAAGGAUGUAUCAGUGUUCUGGAGAUUUGAAUACACUUUUAGAUGUUUAUUUAAAUCAUUAAGAAAAUUUACUUUGGACAAAAGAAGCGGAUGAAGCAUUAAACGCUUAUUUUGUCGAGGAAAAUUAAUUUGAAAAACAAAAAUUAAGAGCCAUUUUACAUGGAGAAGAAUAAAUAUAAAAGAGGAAGGAAUGGCUAUAGGGAAAAUGA